CCUACUCCCACUUCAACAUUCUUUCCAAAGACCCUCUAUCUGUGCAGCCAAAGGAACUGCUUCAUUGACUCCUACCAGCUGUGUGGAAAAGCAGGAUCUACUGCAUUAAAAUAGUGGAGAAAGUGAGUGAACAUGGAAGAGGAGAUGGUUGGAGGGACCACUCCAGGAGGACCAGUGGACUCAGAGGCCCAGAAACGGAGCCCCGAGGAUGCGGUUCUGCAGGAGAGGGGCAAGUGGGCCAACAAGACUGAAUUCUUGCUCUCCAUGGCUGGUGAGAUCAUUGGCCUGGGCAACGUAUGGCGCUUCCCUUAUCUGUGCUACAAGAACGGAGGAGGUGUCUUCUUCAUCCCGUACUUUGUCUUCCUCUUCUUCUGUGGUAUCCCUGUGUUCUUCCUGGAGACGGCAUUGGGCCAGUACACCAGCGAGGGCGGGGUCACAGCCUGGAGGAAGAUAUGUCCCAUGUUCGAAGGAGUGGGAAUUGCAUCCCAAGUGAUUGUGGCGUACUUGAACAUCUAUUACAUAGUGGUGCUAGCCUGGGGUCUGUUCUACCUAUUCAACUCCUUCAGGAAUCCACUGCCCUGGUCCACCUGUGACAAUGAGUGGAAUACUGAGAACUGUCAUAAUUUGAGUUCCAUGUUGUUGAACCCACACCUCUCCCAGUUGGACUCAGACUGGUCCUUCCUUCACAACCAGACUGAAUAUAAUGACUACAAUAUGUUGAGUAAUGAAACCAUGAAGAUCACAUCUCCUGAGGAGGAGUUUUGGGCGUAAGUUUGAAACCAAUCAUAACUUCUGAAAUACACACGCACACACACACA